CCGUUCCGUCUGCAGCAGCGUUAAGUUCGAAGACACACCUCAAGUCGCAGUCGCGCGCCUACGUGCCAUUAUUUCGUGACUUUCGAGUGCUACAAAACGCGGCCAAAUCGCAUAAAAAUAGCAAAAAACGUUUCCACACUGAAACACCAAAAGUUGUGAACCGCUCUCUUCUGUUUGUUAAAUGUGCAUUUAAAAUUACCCGUAAAUCGGAAAGAGUUCUAAUUUCCCAGUUCAGUUGUGAAUUGUGCCAAUCAAAAAUAUCGAAAACAAAUUUUUGAACGCUAGCAGUGCAUUCGAAUUUGAACACAUUGCUGCUUACUCUACACUUAAAUUUAUUUGUUGUUAUUAUUAUUAUUGUUACCGAUUUGAAUGUCCGAAAAUAAAGGUAUCAUGCUUGCAAAAUCUAUGCAAAAACACGCUGGACGUGCCAAGGAGAAGAUCCUACAAAACUUGGGCAAAGUUGAUCGCACUGCAGAUGAGAUCUUUGAUGAUCAUUUGAAUAACUUUAAUCGCCAACAAACAAAUGCCAACAAACUACAAAAAGAGUUCAAUAACUACAUAAGAUGCAUACGCGCCGCACAAACCGCCUCAAAGUCGCUAAUGGAUGCUGUUGUCGAAAUCUAUGAGCCACAGUGGAGCGGCUAUGAUGCAUUGCAAGCACAAACUGCCGCCUCGGAGAGCUUGUGGCUGGACUUUGCACAUAAAUUGGGUGAUCAGGUGCUGAUACCGCUCAACACAUACAGCGGCCAGUUUCCCGAGAUGAAGAAGAAGGUGGAGAAACGCAAUCGCAAGCUCAUCGACUACGAUGGCCAGCGUCAUUCGUUCCAGAAUCUGCAGGCCAAUGCCAAUAAGCGCAAGGAUGAUGUUAAGCUUACCAAAGGUCGUGAGCAAUUGGAGGAGGCUCGUCGCACCUACGAAAUAUUGAAUACGGAACUGCACGAUGAGCUGCCCGCCCUCUACGAUUCGAGAAUAUUGUUUUUGGUUACCAAUUUGCAGACACUGUUCGCCACGGAACAAGUAUUCCACAAUGAAACGGCCAAGAUCUAUGCAGAACUUGAGGCAAUUGUUGAUAAGCUAGCCACAGAAUCGCAACGUGGCUCAAAUACGCUGCGCAAACAAACAAUAAAUGCCAUUAAGACUUCGAGUCCAGUGCAGUCGCCAGUGAAUAAGUUGAAUAAUGCAAAUGCCAACAACAGCAACUAUCAAAAUCAGAUAACCACAAACGGUGGCUCCAGUCUGGCCAACAGUCCAUCAUCCACAAGCUCGUCAAUGCUUGAGCCACGAUUUGAUUCAGUUUCUUCAACGCCAGAGCCGACGCCAGAGUCGGCACAGCUUUCAGAGGCGCCACACAGCCCGCAGCUAGAGACAGCCACAGCAGCAGCAGCAGCAACAAAUGGCACCACAACAACAACAACAACGAAGAUGGUGGAGAGCAUUGAUUUGGGCAGCCCGAAUGCGAAUACAACGCUAACAACUACAACAACCAAGACAGAGGGAACAACAACCAGUGAGGGAACAACAGAUGUUAAAGAAACAACAACCACAACAAUCACAAAAACAACAACAGCAGCAGAUGUGACCACAUUAAAUGGCAACAACAAUGAAAUGGCAGCAAAUGAAGCGGGAGAAGCAGCAGCAGCAACGACAGCAGCAGCCGCACCACCCACCAUUAAUACCACCAGCAUCAACAGCACCACAAUCGCAGCCAAAGAGCCGGGCAAGCAGCCGAAAGAGCUGCCGGAUGGUGGUCAAUCGAAUGCCAAUGGCAAUCCGAGUUCACUCGAGGAGCAUAAACAAAAGAAAUUAGGUAAAGAAACGACAACAAUAAACACAAAUACAUCGCACUCAGUUAUUACUACAGAUACAGAAACAGUUAGCCGUAGCAAAAAUCAAUUAGUUAAUAGCCAAACUGUUGUUAAUAAACAUCCUAAUAAAAAUCCCUUCGACGAUGAUGACGAAUGCAUCUACGAAGUGCCCAUGGAUGCCAACACCGCUGAUUUGCCACCUGGUGUGCUAUAUCGCGUGAAAGCGACCUAUGGCUAUGUCAAGGAGGAUGUCGAUGAGCUCAGCUUUGAAAUUGGCGAUACCAUACGUGUCAUUGAGUACGACGAUCCCGAGGAUCAGGAGGAGGGAUGGCUAAUGGGUCAAAAGGAGGGCACAACCGAGAAGGGACUGUUUCCGGCCAACUUUACGCGUCCCAUUUGAACGGCUGACGCGGCGACGAUGACGGAAUAAAUGCAACAACUAAAACAACAUAAAAGAACAACACCAACUACCAAGAAUAAGAACACCAACUUCAACCCCCUAUUUUUGUUAUACUAUUAUAUACCACAAUACAUUUUACAUUUUACAUACAUUAUACAAAUUAUUAUGAACGAACUUAAAACCUUUCGGCCAAAUUUAUACAGAGCGCUGCGACAAUUUUUAUUUUUUGUGUCCAUAUGAAAUUGUGACCUUUUGUCAAAUUUAUUGUUUGGAUAAAUUUUAAUAUGUAAUUUGUAUUCGUUUGCAAUAAACAGUCUUGUAUUUGUUAAAGCAGUGCUUCCAAACAUUAUUAUAA